AUUGUACAUGAAUACCAGUACAUGGACAUUGCAUCAUUAUGACAUAUGACUACACAGCAAAUUCCAACUGCAACAGCCCACACCCUUGGCUUACAAGAUGUCAACAAGUCCAGAUGAACUCUUUAGGUCACAUUUUGCUGACAUCAACAGUUCAAUUGCUGCACGACUAGAUAAAGCAUUGGAUGAGUUCUUGGGUGCUUCACUGAUCCCAUCACAACUGUUUGAUGAUAUAACUACUACUAAUGGACCUGCUGGUCAAAAGGCAUCAAAAAUGACAAGAGAACUGAUGAGAGGAAUCAGUAACUGUAAGAAUGGAGAGGAGAGGCUGGAGGUGAUUUGUAAGAUACUACUGAAGCUUGAAGAUGAAAAGUUAAAAGAAAUUGUGGCAGACAUAAGAUCAAGAAUUGGGUCUGGAGCAACUGGUGCCUCAGGAGGAGGAGGAGGAGGAGUGCCACAUCCUAAGACAAAAGCACAGGCAGUUGAUAUUACAAAGCUUAGGAAAGCAAUUGAGAGUGUGAUCAACAGUUGGUAUGGAUCACUCAACAGGCUACCUGCUGCAUCUGUUAAGGACUUUGCCUAUUCUCUAUUCUCAAAGGAGGUCAUCAGUGAAGCAGUGUGCAGUGAUCCGACCAUCGAUAAGAUAUUGGGAGAAUUCAAGGCUUCUCUUGGCUUCACAAGGACAGUGCAAGAGUUUGAAAGUUCUUGUACUAAACUUCUUGAGUCAAUGUCAUCUGUGGGUGGUAGUUAUCAUGUUGCUGGAGCUGCUCUUAAAGAUGAUCUCAUCGAUGCUGUUCAGAAAGACUGUAACUACUCAUUUAAUAUUUCAAUGUAAUAAAAUGUCAAGUUAUUUUCAUGUAAUGUUGUCAAAUUUUUAAGUAGAAAAAUUCAUGACAUU